CGCUGUUGUAAUACCGUGCGUAGCUUCAUAGACACGUGACAGACAAUGGCGCCCAUCUAAUUCAGAGCAGCAGCGUCGCCUCCAUUCACUUCCGCCCACAGACUCACUGGAGGGGAACGCUAUUAAUCCGGUCACCGAGCGAUUCCUUCUUUCAUCCACAUCUAAGGACUUGUCACUUUCCUCACUACCCUCAGCCAUGCUGUCCCGGAUCCUCAAAGAGCACCAAGCCAAGCAGACUGAACGGAAAGAAUUGCAAGAAAAGAGAAGGAAGGAAGCGAUUGCUGCAGCUACAACCUUGACAGAAGCAUUGGUAGAUCAUCUAAAUGUGGGUGUAGCGCAAGCAUAUGUGAACCAAAGAAAGUUGGACCAUGAGGUAAAGACGUUGCAGACACAGGCUGCCCAUUUUGCAAAGCAGACGACACAGUGGAUUGGUUUAGUGGAGAACUUUAACCAGGCCCUAAAAGAAAUCGGUGAUGUGGAAAACUGGGCCAGAAGCAUUGAAAAGGAUAUGCGCAUUAUAGCGACUGCCUUAGAAUAUGUAUACAAGGGUCAGCUGCAGCCGUCUGCCUCUUAAUAGGCCUCACUGGCAGCUCACCGUGGAAGUAUACAUAUAAAAGGGGUUGAGGCUGCAUGUGGUUUGCAUGAGACAGCCUUAGCCUCUCCAGAUCCCCUAUAUCUGCAAUUGCUAAUGGUAUUUUGUGCCAAGGAAUUUAUUUAUUUGAGGCUGCUCUAUCUACAGUUGUGUACAGCAUGUCUGCAGUCAAGAGCGCACUAAAAUGAAGAUCCCAUCCAGACAUGUAGCCCCUGGGAGAGAAGGGAUCCAAAAGACCCUUUGGAGGGCCAUAUCUGACUCAUGAAAAUAUUUGUGCAUAAAAAUAACAGAACAGCUUUUGUGGAAAGGUUAUGUAAAUACUGUCAUAAUGAUGUAUAAAGUUUUGCUGUAAUGUGGCUAUGUAAAUGGCAGUUUAUUGGCCUUCACGUGCUCCUCAAAAGCUUACAACUGAUGGGUCACAUGGUUAAUACUGAAGCACUAAAUAAACAGUUGUUGAACA